CUCAGGUCAUCCGCCCUUUCUCAAAUCCCCGCUUCUUCUUCUUCUUCUUCUUCUCUGCAGUCUUCUCUCUCUCUCUCCGCACGAGGCGGAUGCGAUUCAUUUGCAGAUCGAUUAAGGGAUCGGGAUUUCUACUUAGGGAAUGAAGGAAUUCGGUGAUACAACACGGAUCAUAGCUGGAGUUAUCGAGAGAAAUUUCGCAUGGCAGAUAAUUUCGGUUAAUCUUGGAGAGUUUUGAUUGAUUGUGUGACAUUGUCAAUCCUUUCAUAAUCUUGCAUAGUCUGGAUAUUGAACCUGAGGGAUUAGAGCUCGGUUGCGAUGAAUAUGUGAGGGCCUCGAUUGUGCUGAGGGAGCUGAUUUUAUGGACCGCAUAUUGAUGCAUUUGACAUUAAACAUUGCCUAAGAUGGUUCUCUAUGUAGGUUCGUGUUGAUGCAAUAACGGAAACAUCUGAAGAUUAAAAGGAUGAACACAAUGGAAAUAAAUGAGGACUCUGAACACCAUAUGAUGAUUGAAGAAAGUUCUCAUGAAAGUAGGCAAAUUGAUCCUGGAAGAGCAAGAUUUCCGAGAUGCAUCGUGUGGGCCCCCCUGCCUGUGGUAUCAUGGUUCAUACCUUUCAUUGGCCAUGUUGGCAUAUGCAGAGAGGAUGGUGUGAUUCUUGAUUUCGCUGGGCCGAAUUUCGUGUGUGUUGAUAACUUUGCAUUUGGGUCUGCAACACGUUACAUACAGAUAAGCAAGGAAAAGUGCUCUAACACGUCCAUAUAUGACGAAGAGGGAGAAAAUCCUCGGGAUGAGUAUGGGAGGGGAAUCUCGCCUUGGGACUAUGCUCUCCGCAAGGGAACCCAGGAGUUCCAGCACCUUUCUUAUAACCUCUUCACGUGUAACUGUCACUCCUUUGUAGCCAACAACUUGAACAGGCUAGGGUUUCGCUCAGGUGGGUGGAAUGUGGUGAACCUAGCAACUCUGGUCUUCCUCAAUGGCCAGUGGGUGAGCACAGGAGCAAUAGUUCGAAGUAUCUUGCCGUUUGGCGUAGUGUUUGUGCUUGGGCUCUUGUUUGGGGGCUCGACAUUCCUUAUGGUCUGGGCAUUCUUUGUCAUCCUCCUCAUUGGUUGGUUUCUACUUGGUACGUACUGUUUCAAGGACUUGAUACAACUGUAGCUUACCACCUUUUAAUUCUCUUUGUAAAAAUACCAUCAUUUUAGUUAUGAGGGAAGCAGAAAAUGUGAAACAGUUGGAUUUGGAUAAGAGAAUGCCCGUUAAUCUUUUGUCGUACCAAACACAUCCUUGUAGUCUCUUCCACUAGGAGCGAAAUUCUUGUAUGCCAUCAGAACAUCGCUGAAGAAAUGUUAACAAGAGGGAUCUUUGCCUUUGUGAGAAACGUCUGGAUUAUUGAUUA